UAUUCCGUUUCGCUAGUUCGGAGGGUGUGCAGCGGUUGUGGGCAAAGGUAGAGGAGGGUGAAAGUCUUGACCAAAAACUAUUCUACUACUACUUCGCUUUCCUCCACCUCCUGUUCCCCGCCCUGCGCCACCCCGCACAACCACAGAGCAAUUCUCCGCUUUGUAAUAGAUUUUGUCUAGUUUUCGUAUAGGUUAUUCCAAUUCUCUAAACCUAGUCUGGUAUCAUUCUCUUAGACAUCUUCACCAUUUUUAUCACCAUCAUCAUCAUCGCCGCCGUCAUCUUUAUCAUCAUCAACCAAAGAAAAGCAACUAUAAUCCUCCCAGAACAUUCGUCCUCAAAAGGUGCUCCAAAUCUACUCCUAAGAUUAUAAUCUUUCCCGUCCGGCCGUGCAGCGAUUUGGUAUUUGGGCAUUUUCGAUGUUCCACAUGGAGUGCUUGUCCACCCGGUCGCCGCAGCUCCUGUGCGAGUCGCUACUUCUGUGUGAGGAGUCGCUUCACGCGCUAUACACGAUCGGCGAUCCUGUACUGCAGAGUGAUCGCGUCCUCGAGCAAAUGUUAUCCCAGGAAGAACUCAUCGCUAUCAAUCCGAAUUACAUGCGAACGACGCAGCUUGGCAAAGUGACGGAACAUAAGCGCAAGGAUCUCGUAUCAGCCAUGGCCGAGGUAUGCGAACAGCACUCGGUCUCACUGCACAUUCUACCGAUGGCAGUAAACUACCUAGACCGCGUCCUCUCCUGCUCACGAGUACAGCAAGACGAGCUAGAACUCAUGGCCAUGGCGUGUCUUUUCAUCGCGGCUAAGCUGAACAACGCAGACUCCAUGGCAGUGGAGAAGCUUAGCCAGCAUUUCUUCUUCACCUCCAGGCAACUGUUGGACAUGGAAUUGUUGGUACUGAGCAAGCUAAAAUGGGAUGUUUACUGUAUAACACCGUUCGACUACGUUGACCUGCUGCUGCCGCGGCUAACCAUGGGCGCACACGACCAGAAGAGAUUCUACGCACUGGUGCAGUCGCUCAUCGAAGUCUGCUGUUUAGAGUACCAUUUCGUAGUAUAUCCACCGUCACUCAUUGCUUCUGGUUGCAUGGUCUCAGCAUUGGCCAUGCUAGGCAUCAAAAAUACAGCUGUGGUGGAGAAGAAGUCCAGCGGUUUGCUGGAACUGCUGGCGUCCACAUUGAAUGUAGAAAAGGAAUUUAUCACCGCCUGUCACGAGCAGAUCAGCGAUUACCACAGCAUCAGCAGCUGCCCGGAGUCACCUUGAAGCGUUGCAAAUGAAAAGCAACGCCGAUCUUCCAAGUUAUGAUGCUCCAAGCCAAGUCGCCAAGCGGGGUACUCUUGUGCUCAGCCUGGCCAGCCAAUGUGAACUUGCUGCAGAAGACGCGUGCAGCCAUGUAGAACACACCAUACUGGCUAGCUUCACACAGGCUCAAGUUGCUUGGCGGGCAGCAGUCAGCAAGUCCGACUUGCCCGCCUGCAUCUCUCCGAUUUGUCCCCCACACAACUUUGUCUUGUUUUGCCCUAUAUACCCCUAUUUAACCCCCUACCCCCCCCCCGGCCCCCAUCAAAAUAAUAAAAUAAAAAACUUCAAAAAGAAAUAUUCUAUGACAAAAGACACUCAGCUAUUUGAAGCUCAUCUGUAUAUACAUUGAGCAGCCAGGUACAUUCCGUCAGUGUGACACAGAAUCCCGCAGCCUAUUACCAGAUCCACACCGGUCCUACGCACAGGAUCGACUAGUCGCGCUAGCAAACUUUCCUCACGAUUGCUCCGUUCUCGUCUAUAUUGCACCAGCAGCAGCAGCUGCAGCAGCUGCUGCUGCUGGUCAUCAGCACAUCUCGGUUUUCUUUAGCUUUUACUUUAUUUCUGUUUUAUAGUCGUCUACUUGUAAUAGGUACUGUCUCAGCUGCACAUUGUAUGGCUGCGAGUGUAGAGUUUAGCUUUCGUCAAGACAUCGGUUCAUUCUUCUUUUCAUUAAUUUUCUCAGUGGCGGUGGUGAUAAUUUCAAAAGCAAUGAUGGUUAUAAAAAAUUAAAAUGGUGAUACUACAAAUAUA